CCAACCCUUCGGCUACCAUCAGUAUCAGGCAACAGAGGGAAUCCUGGGAGUUCCGCUUCAAAGCAGGUAUCCAGUUGGUCCGGCCCCGGCAGCUUUCAACUGGCAAUAAUCAUCUUCUCCGCCUCGACCCUCCCACAUUGGCUGGCCCUCCGUUCUUUCACCACCGACAGCAUCACACCGCACCCCAACCAACAUUCGUCAAACCUAGCGACUCUUUCUCAUUGAUAUCCUUCUAGUUUCCUAUUGAAGUUCUCAGCUUCCAAUCUUCUCUCCGUUCCUGACCCGUCUCGCUUUUCCAGUCACUGCGCUCGAUCUUUCCCCCUCUCAUUCACCGCUCCUGUCCCCUAUCCUGCCUGUCUCGGGUCUAGACAGUCGUCAACGGUCUCUCCAUCCUUUCCACCAGAGCAUCAGAUUCGGUCGGGUUUUGAAAAUGGUCGUAGCAACUAUCAAGUGUGUUGUGGUCGGUGAUGGUGCUGUCGGGAAGACCUGUCUCCUGAUCUCAUACACAACGAACAAAUUCCCUUCAGAAUAUGUGCCCACCGUGUUCGAUAACUAUGCUGUGACUGUCAUGAUCGGCGAUGAGCCCUACACUCUAGGAUUAUUUGAUACUGCUGGUCAAGAAGAUUAUGACCGACUUCGUCCUCUCUCAUACCCGCAGACAGAUGUAUUCCUUGUCUGCUUUUCUGUGACCUCCCCCGCAUCUUUCGAGAACGUGCGCGAAAAGUGGUUCCCCGAAGUUCACCACCACUGCCCCGGCGUCCCAUGCCUGAUUGUUGGGACACAAGUCGAUCUCCGGGAUGACCCCGCCGUUCGCGACAAGCUGGCUCGGCAAAAGAUGCAACCGAUUCGCAAAGAAGACGGUGACCGCAUGGCCAAGGAUCUGGGCGCCGUGAAAUAUGUCGAAUGCUCCGCAUUGACCCAAUACAAGCUCAAGGAUGUCUUUGACGAGGCUAUUGUUGCGGCACUCGAACCGGCCCCUAAGAAGAGGUCGAGGUGCGUUCUGCUAUAGAUGAACUCCACACAUUAUGGAGCGGGCCAGCCCCUGUUAUAGUAAAAUCGGUCCCUUGUUAACAACCCUGGUGGCUUUCGCAUGUGUCGCUUGAUUUCAGGACGACUGGGAGGGGGUUGAGAAGCUUGGUUCGGAGCAUACAGUGGCUUGCGAUUAUACGAACACUUUCCGCUCUUCAGGUUGGUCAGUCCUUACACAGAGUUCUCGUUGCUAUCUGUGGAUGGGGUUCUGCAUAAUGGUUAUGUAGGGUUAGCCGUUCGCUGCCUGCCAUUUACGGCCCAUUAUCCAUUAUCCAUACUUCUCUGAGCGCUGCGUUGAAAACAUUGUGCAAACAAGCAGCCUCUCUCCCACCAGCUGGUUACUUGGCCCCCACCAUAUUCCGUUCUACACCUAUUGCGCCUAUUGUUCCCAUGAUAUCUAGCCUCAUCAGUUAUCACCCCGAUUCCCCAGCGCAAUCCUUCCGUUCAAUGUGGCCUUCAUUCCCAGUCUCUUCUCACUCCUUUUAUAACAGCUCUCAUCGUCUGAACUUGGCGUUGGAAGUCGAGGCGUCCUGUUUUGGUUGGCUCUGGUUCGAUAUGUUCUUUUUAUGCGCUCUCAAUUGUCAAGUUGCUCUCAUGCCCUACCCAUUUAUUGUGCCAUUUUAGCGUCCUCGUUUCGCUGAGUCGUGGACUACAUAGCACAGAUAUAUCCAAUAUGAAGAUAUAUUCUUGAUU